AUGGCAACGGCGCGGCGGCCACAGGCCCCGGCCGGGCCCGGCGGCCCCGGCGCUGCUCCGUCCGCUCGCCGGGUCACCGGGGCAGGAGCCGCUCGCCGGGAUCUCACCUGGGCAGGAGCCGCUCGCCGGGAUCUCACCGGGGCAGGAGCCGCUCCCGCCGCUCGCCGGGAUCUCACCUGGGCAGGAGCUGCUCCCGCCGCUCCCCGGGAUCUGUCCGGGGCAGGCGCGGCUUGGAGGCAGGAUGCGCUCCAAGAGGCUCACCACCGGUACGUGGCACUGUCCCCGCAGGGCUGGGCCGCCUCCGUGUCGCUUUCAGAACCUCCGUGUAUAACAGAAGAAAUGUUAGAAGAAUGCUUAGCCACAGAUGAUAUGCUUGUGGAUUUCUUUAAUGAAUUUUUGAGUCUUCCGACUUUUGCCCAGCCAGUGAAGUUUAACUCUGAUGCUGGGGCUUUUGAAGUAGUUAAUUAUGCCCCACAACGCCUGGAAAGCCAGCCGAAAAAAAUUCUACAUGAUGAAAAACCUCCAAGCCCCAUUUAUGAUGUUCUAAGCAAGGAAAAGAAUGAUGGGCAGCUCUCCAAAAUGCACACUGCUUCUUCAACUUUUAGUAUUGAUCCAAAUUGCAACACUAUGCAACUUGAUCAAGAACAAGCAAUUGAGUGGAUUAAGAAAGAAAGGCUUCCAGCGUUUCUAGAAAGUGACUGUUACUUUGAAUACAGACUAGCUAAAUUGAUAUCACAAGUAGAAUGGAGCAAGACUGGCAUUAAUUUCAUUAUAGAUAGUGACUACUCUCCCUGGAUAAGGAUAAGGAAGCAAGGCCCAAGUUCUCCCUCUCCUGUGGAGGAGGAGGAUGACUCUUCAUUGACUUCAUUGACUAUGAAGAAGUUCUAUGUAUCACUUGGCGAGGCUACGGUUUCUCAGGUAAAGGAUUGGUUUACCUUGGCAAAACAAGGUGAUUCUGUGAAAACUACAGAUUCAUAUACGCAUCCUGUAGUUUCUAGUAAAAUUCAAGAUACUCAGCAUUUGCCUGGGCAGCAUAAAAGAGAUGAAUCAUUGCCUGGAAAAGGUCCCCUUCUGGGGCCAGCAUCUGCAAAAGCCGAUGUUACCAGUGAGAGGUCCAGGGAGGCUGAGGAGAGCUGCUCCGUGGCCAUUGCUGAAGCUCUUUCCCACACGCGGUCAAGAGUUUAUCUAGACCCAAAAUGGCACAGUGAAGCAGAAGAGGAAGAUGAACAGGGAAGCACAACUUUUCAGACAAUGGAAGAAUUCACAUCAAUAUCCUCUCAAAUUGCAAUGAAGGAACCCAUUUCAGAGCUGACCCUCCAGUCAGCUGCUGACAUUGAAACCUUAGACUCCAAGGAAGAUGUAAGAAAACAAGAAGUCUUAAGUACAAGUUCUGAAAGUGUUGGGCCAGACAGCAGGGCUGCCUGGUGUCUUAGUCACGGGACAUAUGACACUGGCAACAGACAUGAGUUUGAAAGAUUCAAGAAGUUCAUUAAAGGAACACUUGGGGAGAGGUACUGGUGGCUCUGGAUGGAUAUUGAAAGACUAAAGGCUCUUAAGAACACUACAAGGCAACAAAGGCAACUCAGUAAGAUGAAAAAACUGUACCUGCUGAGCAGUGGAGACUAUUUCCUCAGUUCAGAAGUGUUGCUCAGACUUGAGCUACUGCAUGGAGAUCAGUGGAAUAUAAUGCAUUUAAGACGGAUUCAGCCUGAAGUAGUGAAACCACUACUUCUUUACUGGGGUCCCAGAUUUUGUGUCACUCAUUCAACAGCAAUAGAUGCUGCCAGUGCAAAACUGAAGUUCUGGCACACAUGUCAAGAGAGACCAAGACUGGACGUUGAUCCUUUCCCACAAAUAGUAUCAUUGUUGCCAUUGACCCAAAAGUCUGACAUACCACCUUCCCUUCUUCAGAGAUCAUCAGGAUUACUACCUAUUCUCACAGGAAGUCAGAUUCUCCAAAGGGAUGAUAUUUCUAGCAUUCGAAUGCGGCCAAUGUCAAUGAGCACAGACGUGAUUCAUAGCUUAGCUCUGGAUGGGACCAAAGACUCAGAAUACCAGGGUCAUAGAAAGUACACCUAUGCUGAGCUUCUCCAUGGGAAAAGUGUUGCUAGCAGUGUUGUCUUCAGGGGAUCAGGAAUUGAAAGCAUGCUGCAGUCUCUUUAUUUGGAGAACAGAGCAGGCUACUACUUCACACAAUUCUGUGAGAAGUCAGGGAAUAAGUUGUGGAAGAACUGCGUGUACUUUUGGUUCGACCUACAGGCUUAUCAUCAGCUUUUUUACCAAGAAACCCUUCAACCUUUUCAAAUAUGCCAGCAAGCUCAAUUCCUUUAUGCAACUUACAUUGCUCCAUCUGCCAGUAUGGACACUGGACUUCAUCAGAAUAAGAAAAAUAUGAUUUAUCACAAAAUUGACCCAGCUUUUGAGGACCUUUUUGACCCAGCAGAAGAACAUAUCCUCACUGUUUUGCUGGAACCAUGGAUGAAGAUGGUGGAAGAAGACAAAUACACUUAUAGAAAGGUGGAGUUGGUGGAAGAAACUCAACAGCUGGACUCCGUGUACUUUAGAGAGCUCCAGACUUUGCAUCGAGUGAGUAGUUCCAAGAAGGAUGAGAGUACUGUUGCUGACACGGGGGCUCUCAAAGAAGAUCAGCGCUUGCAUCAAGCUCCCAAAGAAUUGGCAGGUCCUAAUCUGUCUGACCUGAUCCGUGACAAAGAGAAGUUUGAACAGUUCCAGGCUUUUCUUGAUAAGCAUUCUGCUAGCAUGGAUCUCAUGUGCUGGCUAGAUAUUGAAGAGUUCAGAAAGAUGCUCCAAAAGGAUAAAGAAAAAAGUGAUGAAAAAUCAAAAGACAUUAAAACCAAGUACUUAAACGAUGAGUACUUCUUUGGACCCAACAGCCCAGCUACCAGAGAACAACAGGAAGAGCUAAUGCAUUCAGGUGGAGGAAGGAGACAAAGCCUUCCUGAUCAGCUUUCGGCAGCGGCUCUGCUACAAGUUCAGCAAUGUGUCCAGAAGAGAUUAGAAAAACAAUGGCUGCCAUUGUUCCUGGCAGAAGAACACCAUGGGACAGAGGAAGAAGCAAAGAUAAGGGAUAUAACUGAAGAUCUUUCGCACAAAGACCAGCAAAAGACAACCAGGAUGUGGAAGCAUGUGGACAAUAAGAGUGUUUCUCCAUCUAGUGAAAUAAUUGCUUUCCGCAAGGCGCUCUUGGAUCCAGUGACAGCAAGUCUGUUUCAACGCUUUGUGGCACUGAAGGGAGACCUCCUGGGGAAUGGAGUGCUCUUUUGGCAAGAGGUGCAAAAGUAUAAGGACUUGUGCCAUUCUCAUUGUGAUGAUGCCAUAGUUCAGAGAAAGAUCACAGCUAUUAUUGACUGCUUUAUUAAUUCUGCCAUACCCCCAGCUUUGCAGAUUGACAUCCCACCUGAACAAGCAAAGAAGAUUGUGGAGCACAGGAAAGAACUAGGACCUUACAUUUUUAGAGAGGCACAGAUGAGUAUUUUUGCUCUUCUGUUUAAAUUUUGGCCAGAAUUUUGUAAAUUCCAAAGCAAUCCAGAGAGCGACAAAAUUCUAGCUUCCUUGGAGAAAAAAAAGGAAAAAGAUACGCAAAAGAUGGAAGGGAUAACAGCAAAGGUAAGGCUCAUAAAGUUUCAGGGUAAAGAAGUGGGGAAAAAACUCAUUAAUUUGGCUCAACUUAAGUCCUUGACUCAACCCAAGUUCUUGACCCAACCCAAGUCCUUGACUCAACUCAAGUCCUUGACUCAACUCAAGUCCUUGACUCAGCCUGAGCCCCUGACUCAGCUUAAGCCCUUGACUCAACUGCCAAAGAGUGUUUUGCUAGAUGAGCUUGAUGUUAAGAGAAGAUCAUCAACAGCUUUAGCACCUAUAGAAGGACCUGGGAGGAAGGCUUCCUGGUCCUAUUCUAAGUACAUAGAAGCCUUGGAGCAGGAAAGAAUACUCAUCAAAAAGCAAGAAGAUCUGCAGAAAACCUCAUCAUCAUCACUCCCUGCAGGUUACUUGUCUAUGUCCUCCCGGAAGCCUGAAUGUUUUGUAAAAGCCACCAUUCCUACAAAGCCUAAAUUCUGAAUCUUCCCAAGAAGCAGGAGGCACAUUAAAAUCUCUCUGAGGAAGGGAAUGCAGAGACAUUCAAUGGAGGUGGCCAGGAGACACAAAUGUAAUGUCCUUGCAAGGUUUGUUCUUACAAUUCCAGAGUAAAGAUGAUGCCUUAGAAUAUUAUUAAGAAUCAGGGGAUCAAGGGUAGAAAAUAAACAUGUUCCAAUGCAUUCCAUUUCAACCUGAUUGUGACACUGGCUCUUGUGCUCAUAAUUUAAUCAUACACCUUGAGGCUCAAAUCGCAGUAGGAUUCCACUAAAGUAUUCACGGUGCAAACUACUAGGUAGUCUCCACCUUAAACAUCUUAUAAUCAAACCCAGUUCUUCAGUGCCUGAUCUAAUGAAUAAGUGAAACACUGCCUUGAACUGACAGCCCUGAAGCAGUGUUUUGGGACACUGUGCUCUCACUAUGCAAUUCACACAACUUCUGUUCAUCAAGGAUAACUCAUGAGGUCUCUGAGUUAUUAUAGAGGCAAAUGCUCUUGUUGUUUCCUCCCAGUUAAGUCUGU